AAAUAUUUGAUAUCAGAGAUGAACCAGUUAGAGAAAAGUGAAUUAACAUCUAUUUCUAUAGACGAUAGAUUUGCUUCAGACUAUUUAGAACCAAUUAAUGUCAAAAGGCAUUUGGUUAAAGUAAGUUGUUGGCAAAACGUCUUGCUUUGCCAUUUUCUGGCGGUACAGAACUUGAGGGUUUCACGCAACUGUGUUUUUGUUAUUAAAAAGCUUUUUCUUCUGACAAUUCUGCUCAGGAGAUAAGCUUUUAGCAAUGAUAGCGUUUUUCAGUGAAAUCUUUUAGCUUGAAUCGUUGGAUAGGACGGUUGACACUUUCUCUUAGUGUCUACAGUAACAAUUUGAAGCAAUAUGUGCGCAUCUUCUUGAUCAUCCACUUUUUGGUUGCUGCUAAAGCGAAGAGAUGAAAUGAUAUGAAUAACGUUGGCAAAGAGUCCCUUCAAUUUUUCCGGAAAGCUUCUUGAAAUCGAGCUUACACUAGAAUUGAAAAGGUAAUUAUUUAUGAAUGAAGUUGAGUGUAAAACAAAAACUGCAUUCACCAAUUUCUGAUAGCUAAGAAUUAGUACAUCAGGGUCGAAUGAAAAGUCGCUUUAUUUCAACUGGAUGUUUUCAAUGAUUUUCUUGUCUUGAGUUUACUGUGACCUCCAGACCAACAGAUGUUUUUAACAAAGAGGGAAGUUCAGAUUCAAUGUGCUUAAUGCCCUGAGUGCAAUAAGAAUUAAAGCUGCUUUUAACAGAUGGAGUAUUUUUAUUCUUUAUUUGGAGCUAGGCAUGCCACACUGACUAGUGCUUCAAAAAACGAGGUAAAUUGUCUGAGUUUAUUAACUGCUGCGUUUUUUUAUCAAAAGGACUUAUGUUCAAUUGGCAGGAUUCCAGGGAAUUAAUUUUUUAAACCAGUAUAGAUAUCAUUUUCAAGUUUAUAUUUAAAAAUGCUGGCAAUCCUCUUCCUAAAUGUUGUCGCUUUCAAGCAAGUUCGGAUAAUAGCAUACACCAACUUUGAACAUGGAAAAUUUCAUGAUAUGAAGUGCAAAAUUUUUUAGGCGUAGUCUUCGAGUUUUUUGCAGAAAAUUGUCCAUGUAUAUUAAGAAUUUUAAAUAAACAUAUCUCUUUCUACCUGCAAUAACUUUUAGGUACAUGUCAUACGUGUUAUCAAGUGAUAAGAUAAAGUAUUCAUUCCAAUUAUUAACAGUAUCUCAAUGUUACAGCUAGUGAUGAUGUAAAGUAGCUAGAAGUGUUUUAAAAAGUUAUAGCAGGAGAUGUUAAUAGCACCGUUUUAAUAACAGAUCUGUGCAUGGAAUCUUCCUUAAGAGAACCUUGAGUUUUAUGUUACAGUGAUUCCUGCCAUGGAGUCACACCCAUAAUUGAUCACUCUCAUUGCAAUUUUGUGCUCAGUGAUAACCCACUAGUGUCAUUAUGAGUUACAGCUGUAUUCUUGUAACAUUUCCGGUUGAAACCAGUAUGCAGCAUGCACAAUGGGCUGCUUUGCUGUCCUUAUGUUGGUUUUUUGGCGUCCAUAUUUCAAUUUCAGAAAUAUAUCAGUGACAGGCAAAAGUAAAGGCCUAGCAGUAAAGGCCAAGCAGUUUAGCCCAAGCAAUAUAGGGCCAUCAGUUAGGCCCAGCAGCAGAGGAUCAGCAGUUAGGCCCAGCAAAAGAGGACCAGCAGCUGGGCCAAGCAGUAUAGGCCCAGCAGUAUAGGCCCAGCAGUAUAGGCCCAGCAGUAUAGGCCCAGCAGUAUAGGCCCAGCAGUAUAGGCCCAGCAGUAUAGGCCCAGCAGUAUAGGCCCAGCAGUAUAGACCCAGCAGUGUAGGCCCAGCAGUAUAGGCCCGGUAAAAUUGGAUAUAAAGAAACCAAUAAUGCUAGGCCUAUACAAAAUCUUUAAACGCAGAAGACAUGAUUGUUGUAGAAACGUACUGGAAAUUGUAUCUUCAUAGUAAAGGCUGAGGCCAGUGGUGGAAAUUAAGCCUUUCGGGCAGGCGCAGUGGACUUGUUUUAGGGGCCUUUUCUUUUGAUUUUCCUAUGCUGAAUAAAUGUGCAUAUUCCCAGUCAUAUCCGAUUGCCCCAAUAACUCUCUUAUGUUUUUCAACUUUAGCUGAGACUUGUGAGAAGGAAGUCAGUUUUGGCAGACUCCCAAAAGGAAUUGAUUUCACUGGAACCUCAUUCCUGACCUUGUUUUCAGCUUGAUAUAUGUUUAUCAGUCUGAUAAGCCGAAACCCAGCACUUUCAUUCACGCCUAUCCCACAGCCUUUCCCACAUCUAGUCUUGGAUCUUUUGUCAAUCUCUUGGUUGCCUAUUUGCUUCAAGGCUCAAAAAUGUACAUUCGCUCGCAUAUAUUUUUUACAUAAACAUGUUCUGGUGAGCGAGAAAAGAAAAACGGUUGAGCUUUGACAGUAUUUUGGUUGUGGCAAAGAUGUGAGGACUGGGAAGGGUGUGACGUUAGAGAGGGUGUUCUAAGAGUUUCAUUGCUUAACCCUCCCAGCAUGCCCUGUCUUCUUAUAAGGACGCAAAAUAAUUUUUUGGCUGAUAGCUCUUGGCAAUUAAUCUUUUAAGCCUGUUAAAUAUUGAUCACUGCAAGUUUGGAGUGGCAAUGUUUCUCUGCAUUUUCACUUCUAAUUUUAUCGCUUGGAAAUGCUGAAACGCUGUUAAAUCCCCCACUUGUUAUAUUUCAUAGCUAAAGUCAUAUACAUUGUCAAACCAUUCGCUUUUAACAUCAACUUAGAAUAUGUGAAGUUGGUCUGGUGACCGUAUUAUUAUAAUUGAGAAUUUUUUAUAGCAACCUGUUUUUCAACGCUAGAAGAUGGAUGUAUUUGCGGUGGAAUUUUAACCUGCUUGUAUACAGAGCCUGUCCAACAAUUCUUAGUCAUAAGAUAUCGCUUAUAAUCGUUUCGAUAAUCAUGAAUGAGCGGCAUGCCAUUUUUUAUAUUAGAAUGCCGUAUAGGUUUAUUUGUUAUUCUGCGUGUUUGAUGUUGAGAGGAAUUCGUUAUACUUGGAGCGAAAUCCAAGAAUGAAGUGGACGCUUUUAUGACUGCGUAGGGAAAUUAAACAGAUGAAGACAAAUUGAUUCUGGGAACUGCACCUUUGUGUAAGCAGCCACCAGCAAAUGGAGCAAAAUUGCGUUAUUAUACCUCCUCUUCGACAUGGGCUUCUGAAUAGAAUUAACGAACAAGAAAGGAUAGCAAGGGUUUGAUCGACAGUUCACGCUUAGAAGUGGAGCUGUUUUGGUUUAACUGUUUUCAACAACGUAAACGCAUGACCUUUGGAGAUUUGAAGGAAAAUUUUUGCACUGAAAUAGCCUUAUUCAGUUUCUUGAUGAAAGAAAUUCACGCAGAGGAAGCCAUCUGGUUUAUUGUUUAACUGUUGCUGUUUAUAGACGAUAAUUGUGUUAUUCAGAGAAAGAUCUUAAUAGACCAGAACUCCGUUGCUGUCACUGUUGUUAUAUGCUUGCAAAUUUAAAUUUGCAUCCCAGUGGAGCAAUCUCUAAUUGAUCAAAACAAAGACAACAGAGCCUACAUUUCAAAGGAUAAGCAAUGUAAUGGAAAGUUGUAGCAAAACAGUUGCCUUUGUCUAAAGCAAAACCUUAGCAGACUAGCUUAGUUUUAAUGAGAGAGAAUUAUCAAGAUGAUGAGCAAUUAUUGGUCAGUUUUCAGUGAACCUGACAAUGACUCACUAUCUGUUAAGAGCAGGACAUCUCCACGAGACGACAUGUCUCUGCUAUCUUUUGACCUGGAGGACGCAAUGCAAGAUGGAAAGAGAGGCCCGCGCUUUUACCUUGAUCAGCUUGAAAAGCACCUUAAUCCACAGUUGUAUUCAAAGCACCCGUCCAAAAAAAUGCUUAAAGGUAUCAUCAAUGUGGAACUCCUUCUGACGUCACUGGAAGUAGACCUUCGAUCAAGUCCAAAUCCAACGUGGCUUCGUGAAUUUGUCGAUGAACCAAAUUGUGGCCAUAUCGUCCUACUGAAAUUUCUGAAUCAUGUGCAGCAGUGCGUCAGUGGUGGACAAAUCACUCCAAAUGGGACACCUAAGAAGAAGUAUGAAAUCCUGUCUAAGGACUCGUAUGACGAACACCUUUGCCUGCUGUGUAUUAAAGCAAUAACAAAAAAUAAGUAUGGAUUCCAAACGAUUCUUAGUGCUCCACGAAGUUUAUCCCUUAUGGCCAGGAGCCUGAGGCUGAACAACAUAAAAACACGGACCACUGUGCUAAAGCUGUUGACACAAGCAUGCGAGCAACCAGAUGGCCACGAAAAAGUGUUGAAAGCAAUGGAUGACUUCAAGAUGUACAUAAGUGAAAAAUACCGUUUCGAAAGCCUUGUUUUGUCGAUCAUGACUAGGCCGUGUAAUCCAACCUACCAACAAACAGUCUUGCAGUUUCUGAAUGCUAUCAUCACUCAAUCACCAUCUCCAAAUCUGAGAGUAUAUUACCAACAGGAAAUUGAAAAUGCGGGUUUUGUUGCUGAUGCCGUUGAAGAGACGCUAGAUGGUUUGGAUUCCACCAGUGUGAAAAAUGAGCUAGCAGUAUGGCGGGAGAAAUACAUUGACGUGGCUACAGUCAUGGAUGAGUUUGUCACCUUAAGAGGAAGAACUGUAUUGCUAAGAGAUGAGGUUAAUUUGUUGCAAUCAAAAGUCGAGGAACUCGAAAAGGAAAAGAACAAGGUUACCGAGGAGAAAAAAGAUCUGGAGACAAGAGUGGAGGAUUUCAAACUAAGAGCGUCAGAGCUGCAAGCAAAUAUCGAGCAUCUUAAGAAACAUCGGCAGGAAAAUGACGGAACAAGCGAAGAGGUGGCUCACGCUCUUGAAGAUGCCAUCGGUGACAUUCUGAAGACAAAUGCACCCCCACCACCGCCACCUGUGCCAAGUACCCCGCCAGGGACUCUUCCACCAGCUCCACCCCCACCAGGACUUCCGCCGCCACCGCCGCCACCCCUCGGAUCGUUCGGAAAGAAGUUGCCUGGAGGAGGAAUAGCGUCGUCAAUGAGAAAUCGUAUGGAUUCUUGUGCCAAGUUACCGAUGCUCAAUUGGGUUCCUUUGAAGGUUGCAGGAGAGAAAAGCGUUUUCAAGGAAAAUCCAGAGCUUGAUGGUCUAGCCAAAAUGAUUGAUUUCAAGGACUUUGAAAAGCGCUUUGAGCUGAGGUCUUCUAACGACGAAAGUGCUAUUCAGAAAAGACAAGAAAAGGCCAUGAAAAAACUCUCGGCUACAUUGAACCUUCUCUCUCCAAACAAAGCCAAGAAUCUUAUCAUCGCGAAAAGGCGCAUUGGAAAGGACGCAUCAUUUGUCCAAGAGGCAAUAAACAAUUGUGAUAUUGUUGCACUUUCAUCUGAACAUGCAGAACUUCUUCUGAAAUUCAUUCCAACCAAAGAUGAGUUGGCAAGCUUGGCAAAACACGCUAGCCAAUUCAGCAAGUUUGGCGAAGCAGAGAAGUUUCUAUUUCAGAUGGCGAAAGUUGAGCGUUAUGAAGCAAAAUUAAACACCAUGGUGUACAUUGGUUUGUUUGAUGAGCUCCUCAGAAAUGUUUUACCGCGAAUUGAGGCAGUUUUAAAAGCAUCCUUAUCAAUUGCAUCAAGUGUAAAAUUAAAAAGGAUAUUUGAGGUAAUUUUACUGUUUGGAAAUUACAUGAAUGGAUCAAGGCGUGGGCAAGUCGAGGGCUUCAAGCUGGAUUCUCUUACAAAGCUUCAAGAUACAAAGACGAAUGACAGAAGCAUGACCUUCCUUCACUACCUGGCAGAAAUAAUUAGCACCAAAUUGCCACAUUUAAAUGACUUUCACGAAGACUUCGAUCUUGAGAAUAGCACUAAAGUAUCACUCCAAAUGAUAGCAGCGGAUGUGCAGAGUUUGCGAAAAGGUCUGGAUUUAACCAAAGCAGAAAAAGACAGACAACCAAAAAAUUUCAUUAUUUUUAACUUUUACAAUCGUGCAAUAACAAAGGUUCAAAAAGUCAGCGAAAGAUAUCGCAAAAUGGAUGAAGCAUAUAAGGAAGUUUGCAGUUUGUUUGGUGAAGAUCCAAAAGUGAAAGAGCCAUCGGAUUUCUUUCGGGUUUUUAUCGACUUCUCUAACCAGUUUCAAAAAGCAUUGCUAGAAAAUGAAAGAAGCAAGCUGAAAACGGUCAUGAACUUUAAACCGGACAUCAAUUCACAAAAACAGGUUGCCCGAGAGGCAGCCUCGGUUGCACAGAACAGGAAGUCGCUAAGCGAGGCCCAGAUGCUAUCUAUGCAGCAAACAGACUCAGGUGGCCUAAUGAAUAAUGAUUCGACUAAGAACGGCUGGAGGCAAGUGAAUGGUAGGGCCUAAAAUUAUUGUGAAAAGCUCAUCAAUAAUCCACCCCACCCACUGAUCCUGUGACUGCUUCAGGCUGCAAGUUUCGCCAAUUCAAUCAAUCGUUAGAUUAAUCGCUGCUGAAGAAGUAUUGGUUUCAAUGAUGUAAUGACAAUGAAGAUGUUUUUUGGGCUCUGAUUCUAGCUUAUCAAUCUAGCUGGCUGCAUGUGCUAAUGAUUAUGAAUGAUAUUCUUGGAAUGGAUUUGUUAAAACGAAAUUAUGUUGCUUUUGAGUAAGCUUUUGCUGCAGAUUGUGAAAGUGUAAAAAAUAUUUUGUACAUAAUUACCCAACAAUGUGAAAGCCAACUGGCGAUGUUGUUUUGAUACGCCUCACAACGAGUGGAGCUUUAUCAAUUCUUUUAUGAGAACUCAAUAAACCCGUUAAGAAGCUUUUGGUUAAAAGAACUCUGAUGUUAAUAUCUUAACUUAUAAUUAUUAAUUAAAUACCACUAGUGAAUUCUUUACCAACAGGUUAGUUGUCACCCGUUACCAAUGUCUCAAUGACCGCAUAACCGUUGGUUCAUUUUCAACUCUAGUGAAGUAAAGGGUGCUUUAGAGGUCCACUAUCCCAGACUACCUGAUAUAGGCCCUUCUUCUUUUCAAACUACUUCUUUAUACGAUAGUUGCAAUAUAAGUUUUCGAUCUAUAGCGUCUGGAAAACAGUUAAUUCAGUAUUUUCCUGACUGUUAUUAUCUUGAACUAAGAAUAGGACGUGACGCAAGUCUCCCGGUUAGUCACUUGCAGUUAGAGAAAAUCAAACGUUGUGUGUAUGAAAACAUGGUGUAAGUUAUUGAUUUUGUGCUGCCUGGUGUAGUAUUAUUUGUAAAAAAGACGCUCUAUACGUUGGGUGUACGCUAUCCUUCUAUGUUGACAUUAAUUCCUCUGUUGGCACGUAUCUGUAUAUAUUUGCGUCAUCAUGAAAUAAAAAGAUUAUUUUGCUCAUUUAUAGAAUACUAAAUUAUUGCGUAUAAUCCCGAUGCAAUACAAUAAUAAAUUGAAGCUAUGGUUGAUAAUUUUCAUAAUAAUGCAUAUUCUUUAUACUAUUAACUAAUGGACACGAUAACUAAUGUUAUUGUCGGUUGUGUAUUUCGUAUCUUAAUGUUUAGAUGCUUCUCAUGAAAACGCUCACGUUUUAGAGUCAGAAGCUGCUCCCGCCCAUAACCAGUACUUAACGACUGUAUCAUAGUCAAAGACGUUUGAUUAGGUUUAUUUCAAAAUGGCAUUUACUAUCCAAACUCCCACAAUACUAUGUACUGUAAUACAUAAAUUCAUUUUAAAUCAUAAGUAAUUCACUUUUCCCGAACGUCAAUUUGACCAUUGUCAGAAAAGUCAAACGACCUCACCGCCGCUGCCCCUGAAAGAAUAUGUCAACUGUUACGAAUUUUGUCCAAAUUAGGCCACAUCUUGACGCCCAUGCAAUCAUUUGGGUGGUGAUUCAGACGUUUUUUUAUAAGUUUUUGAAUACACCUAUGAACGUGUGUCAUUUUCAGGUAAACCUGAGCCAACGCGACCGCGACAACCUCUCCAAAACGCCGUUCUCUCGUAAAAUCAGCAUCCAAUUUUUACUCGUCUUGUAUUUCUAGACCCUUAUCAAGCUUUUUUAAUGGAUAGUGUCAUGUUUGGAACUUUUAAAACUUUUUUCAAAGGUUUAGUUUUACCACCGAACCAAUCGAUUGAUUUAUAACCUGUUAUCGAUAAAUUUAGACGUUCAUAGAGCCAAUAGCAAAUUUUUUUAAGUGUCCGUUAUUGUGUUUAUGGUGAGAGAAAAGCUAUUAACUAUUAGAAAUAUCGUUAGCUUGGAAAUAUGAGCUAUCAACAAGAAGCCAUUCUUUAAAACUAAAAUUUCUUGAAAAUUGUAUAAAUUUGAUAACGAUCAUUGUUUUCUGGAAAAGCAGUUCAGUAUUUUUGCUUCAUCUUUACACUAAAAAAACUGGCAGAUAAAACUAAUUUUUAAUAUUAUCCAUCUGUUUACUUCAUUGACUCUGAAGAUAAGAACGUUUACAAAGACAAAAUAGAACGGCCCCUCUAACAGAAAGGAGAAGAUUUUGCGUGAUUUUGCGAAGAUUUUUUGAAGAUUUUGCGAAGAUUUUGAGAAGAUUUGGGGAAGAUUUGGCGAAGAUUUUGUCAUUGAACAUCUGUAAAGUUUAAAUCAGCACCCAUAGUUUCUUCCCUGCGACUUUUUCCUGUAUUCCCUCAUUACUGGAAACACUCGUUUUUUUUAAGAACUAGUCGCUAGCUAUUGUGCUCAAGGGUAGUGCUCAGGAUCAGGUCCCAUUUGCAAGAAAAUUGGUGAGUCACUCUUUAUUUACCGAGAAGUUUGAAAGACAGAGCACCCCUAGAUGCCAGAAAACUCCUCAAUAUUGAAGUGGAAUUGUUAACCGGGUUUCACAACUUUGUUCAAAAUGACAUUUUGCAGUACCUCAACCUCAACUUAUUCUUAAAUUGUCUUAUCUUUUGGCCAAUUUGGAGCCUCGUGUUCUUAUAGAAUUGGUUUUACAUGAAAUAUAAAUCUUUGUGGUCAUCAGAUUUAUAAUAAAAGAAAGUGAUUGCAUAAGGCGAAGGGAUGUGCAUGUGAAGCGGAGAUUCUCUAACGUCGCAGAUUUUAAAUGCCGCAUAUCUGCCAGCGAGAUUUAUUCAAUUUUCGCAGCAUCAUUAAAUUGCUACAAAACCAUACAAUGGCAAGGAGCAAUUUCUUUUGAGAAUAAAACAAAUUAUUUUGGCAAAAAACUUAAGCUUCAUAAAUCGAUUUUUUCCCAACCUUGUAAAGCUUGUGCUUUUUUACUAAUUUUGUUUUUGAAUAAUUUAAAAGAAAUACUAAGUUUUUUCUAAUGCCAAAUAAUUGACCAUGCAGAGUUUUGAUCAAGGGAUCUUUCUCAAAAAUCGACGAGCUCUCAAACCUUAUAGCCUUACGUUUUGACAAAGAACUCCUAUUCAAAAACCAGUAAUUCUCCAAGGGAAAUCAUCUUUACACAUCAUCGUGCUAAGACCAAAUAGCACUCUUAAGUAUAAACAUAAACAUGUAGUCCUCUAACUGUUUUUUUUGGAAAAAUCAACAAUUUUACAAAGCCUAGAGCCUAAAAUUGUGGAAAAAAUUUUCGAGAAUAAAUCAUAUUUUUACGUCAUCAAAAAGUGUUGAAUUCGAUUUUCAAUAUGUUAAUGGGUUUUGAGUAAAAUAAAAGAAUUGAUUUCUCAUUUCUGGAAAAAGCAUCGACUUUUUAGAAAUAAUUUUUUUUGUAUAAACAAGCUAAAUAAAUUCUGUACAAUCAGCAAGAGUUUCAAUUGCAUUUAGUUUGGAGAUAAAACUCGUAUUUCCGAGCACGUAGU